CAAUAGGGUCGGGUUGGAACUCUUCUCCUGCUCGUUAUCAACUCCUUUAUUAUCUGCAUUUGAUGCACAGGCUCUCGUAAAGCGAUCGCUAGGAUCGCUGUCCAGCGAAAGGUCGGACUCCUUGUCAGAAGUAUUCUAGAGAACUCGUCCAAACAGGUCUAAAAGGAUUUGCCAGAUAAUGAAGGCGAUCUGAAGCAUAAAAUCUGUACAGAAUAGUGUGACAGGAGGCCUCUAUCCAUGAUCUCUUUACGUUGCAGCCGCAUGAGAGCAUGACUCCUGGCCACUUCUCCAGAUGCCAAGCUUCGGCUUUGCUCCAUAGCUGCCAUAAAUGAAGGGGCGCAGCAACUCAGGAGCCUGCAGCGCGGCCCUCCUGUGCAUCCUAUCUGCAUUGACAGGUCAUUCAGCUGCCGCUGAGGGGGGCACAGCGCUCACAUUGCAGCAGACGGACCCCUACCAUGCAGCGGGAGAUGCAGCUUCAGGGAACUCCACGCAACAGAGCGGCGCCCUCAGCACCGACCAGCAGCUGGCAGCCUCGCUGGCACAGGUGCUCGCGACAGCGCUGCAGCACUCCAACGCAACAGCCGGCACGCUGCUCAGCCUGCCGCAGCAGAGCGUAGUUGACAACCCCACCGAGCCGCAGGCUAAAUUGACACUCCCUACACCGGAACAACAGAAGCCGGAGAUUGACCCCCUUCCGGCAUUGGACGCUGCUGCUGCCGCAGGGGUAGGCCAGCAGCAGUUGCCAGAACAGGCAGCUGCCGCCGGGGGGACCGGAGGGACCGGGGGAAGUGGGAUAUUAUUGCCUGCCCAGGCACUGGACGUAUACCCGGGGGCGCUCGACGGCGCGGCGGCCGCGCGGCUGGCGGCGGCCACCGCUGGGGAUCCGGCGGCAGCCGGGGGGGAGCCUGCGAAGGACCCCGAGGGGACCGAGGGGGAAGUCAUCGCGCAGCACGCGCACACGCAGUCGGAGUUACUCAUCCAGACCGACGCCGACGGCGCCGUGACGGCCGCAGCCGCCAUCUCGCAGACGACAGUCGGGAACGUCACGACGGGCGCAGAACUCGUGAAGUUUGAGCGGGGGAAUGACACGGCGACGCUCGGCGUCGUACGGCUGCUGCCGGCGCAGAUGCAGCUGCCAUACCCGAUGCACAGGAAUGCCACCGAGGCCGAACUGCGAAAUGUGUCCAGCCUGCUCAGGGACAGGUCGGCCGGCGGGGCGGCCAAGACGGGGAAUCGCACCGGGCACAUUUUGCGGAAGAAAGCUGGGAAGGAGGAGGGCAAAAAGGGGCAGCCGGCCGGGGCUGUUGGGGGCGCCAGCGGCGGCUGCCAUAAGAACCAGAACGCACCCUGCAAGUUCUUCCUCCUGGAUGUGUCUGAGAUAGCGGUGGAGCUUGGGUUCCCGUCGUGCUCAGUGGACCAGUUUGUGGCUGACCCUGAGAGCGGCAUGACACUGCCAAACCCGGCCAUCGUGCCCAAUUUUUCGCAACCGGUGCCGCCGGAGGGCCACAAGUGGAUCUACCCCUACACCACCCAGCCGCACUACCUCAGCCAGAAUGCGGGGCCAUGGUAUGUGUACCACACGCUGCGCAACAGCGUGAACAGCGUGCGCACGAUAGCAGAGGCGGACGUUGUGUACGUCUACGACUACUGCUACAUCAUGUGGGCGCUCGGAGACCACCACGCGCGCGACCACUGGUGGCUGCGAGAAAACUACAACCCCACCCGCUCAGCCGGCCACUACCUCCUCUCCUCCUACAGGGCAAUCAUGGGCCUGCCGCGGUGGCGGCGCACGGGUGGGCGGGACUUUGUGUUCUACCACUCGCACCCGGGCUUCGAGUGGGACGACCUGGCUGUCACGACCGCGUACCAGGAUAUGAUGUGCGUUGACUUCCAAUGGGCCACUGUGCUGGCAGUGGAGCAGGGGCAGCGAUGGCGUUGCCCCUCCUACAGCCCCAGGUCGACCAUAGUGGUGCCCUACAGCUCCACAGAGAGCAUCAACACCAUUCCCCUGCGGCCAGACGGCGAGAAGGAGAGCCUGCUCUUCUUCAGGGGGAAGUGCGACCCAGCCAUCCCCAGCAACAUGGGGAAGCUGAUGAGGAGUCACGUGGUGCGGCACCUGCGCGAGGGCAUCGCGCAGGGGGACCAGCCGCCGCCCACAGCCGGGACCGCCCCGGAGAUCAACGUCUGUUGCCACGGGCGCGAGGCCGGCGACGAGGUGAAGUGCACGGAGCGCGAGUUUGAGCAGAAUGUCUUCGCGACCCAGAAGCACCGCUCGGUGUUAGAAGGCAUGGCCAACAGCGCGUUCUGCCUGAUUCUCCCGGGCAACAGUCAGUCCAGUCAGCGGCUGACAGAGGCCUUUCUGGCUGGCUGCAUCCCUGUCUUCAUUGGGCCCCCCUGGCACUCCCUGCCCCUCACCCAGAAGGCUGAGGACAGGUUCAGCCCUGCCUGGUGGUUUGCGGAUAUCCCGGCGACUUCCAUCAUCCCUCUGCGCAGAGUGGACGCCGUGCUGCCAUACCUGCGACAGAUGCCGAACGAGUGGAUGGAGGCCAAGCGAAGGGCGGUCAUGAAGUACCGGAGCCUUUUCAUCUACACCACAUCAGCUCAGAUACAUGAGCCGUCAGCUUCUGAUGCAAUUGUAGACCUGAUGUGCUCCUACGCAAAGCUGGGCACCUUCCAGGACAGCGACCGCCACUGA